AUGAAAUAUGGGCAAAAACUGGAAGAUGUAGAAGUCAGUUCUACAGAUUUUGGUGAAAAAUAUUCCAAGGAACAGAAAAUGCGAAGCGUCCACCAGAGAUCAGGCCCCUAUGCAGGCCAGUGUGAUGGAGUGGAAUUGAAUAGGAAAAGCCUGGUAGAGAUGAAAAGGGUUGCCAUAGCCUGUAGAUUCAGGAAAGAGAUCGACCUGGAGACCAAGCUUUAUGAUUUGGUGAGCGGCGUGCCCCGCGAGCGGCUCCGAGACUUCCAGCACCACAAGCGCGUGGGCAACUACCUCAUCGGCAGCAGGAAGCUGGGCGAGGGCUCCUUCGCCAAGGUGCGCGAGGGGCUGCACGUGCUGACCGGAGAGAAGGUGGCCAUAAAAGUCAUCGAUAAGAAGAGAGCUAAAAAAGACACUUAUGUCACCAAAAACCUGAGGAGGGAGGGGCAGAUCCAGCAGAUGAUCCGUCACCCCAACAUCACGCAGCUCCUCGAUAUCUUAGAGACAGAAAACAGCUACUACCUGGUCAUGGAGCUGUGCCCGGGGGGCAACCUGAUGCACAAGAUCUAUGAGAAGAAGCGGCUGGAGGAGUCGGAGGCCCGCAGAUACAUCAGGCAGCUCAUCUCAGCAGUGGAGCACCUGCACAGGGCGGGCGUGGUCCACAGAGACUUGAAGAUAGAAAAUUUGCUACUAGAUGAAGACAAUAAUAUCAAGCUGAUUGACUUCGGUUUGAGCAACUGUGCAGGAAUCCUGGGGUACUCGGACCCCUUCAGCACGCAGUGUGGCAGUCCUGCCUACGCUGCACCUGAACUGCUCGCCAGGAAGAAAUACGGUCCCAAAAUUGAUGUCUGGUCCAUAGGUGUGAACAUGUAUGCCAUGUUGACUGGGACGCUGCCUUUCACAGUGGAACCUUUCAGCUUGCGAGCUUUGUACCAGAAGAUGGUGGACAAAGAAAUGAACCCCCUCCCCACCCAGCUCUCCACAGGAGCCAUCAACUUCCUGCGCUCUCUCCUGGAGCCAGAUCCUGUGAAGAGACCAAAUAUUCAGCAAGCGUUGGCGAAUCGCUGGCUCAAUGAGAAUUACACAGGCAAAGUGCCCUGCAAUGUCACCUAUCCCAACAGAAUUUCUCUGGAAGACCUGAGCCCCAGCGUGGUGCUACACAUGACGGAGAAGCUGGGCUACAAGAACAGUGACGUGAUCAACACCGUGCUCUCCAACCGCGCCUGCCACAUCCUCGCCAUCUACUUCCUCUUGAACAAGAAGCUCGAGCGCUAUCUGUCGGGGAAAUCUGACCUCCAGGACAGCAUGUGCUACAAAACCCAGCUCUAUCAGAUAGAAAAGUGCAGGGCCACCAAGGAGCCCUACGAGGCCUCCUUGGACACCUGGACGAGAGACCUCGAAUUCCAUGCUGUGCAGGAUAAAAAGCCCAAAGAACAAGAAAAAAGAGGAGAUUUUCUCCAUCGGCCAUUUUCCAAGAAGCUAGACAAGAACCUGCCCUCACACAAACAGCCCUCGGCCUCACUCAUCACGCAGAUCCAGAACACCAAGGCGUUGCUGAAGGACCGGAAGGCCUCCAAGUCUGGCUUCUCUGACAAAGAUGCCUUUGGCUGCCGCAAUAUUUUCCGCAAAACCUCAGAUUCCAAUUGUGUGGCUUCUUCUUCCAUGGAGUUCAUCCCCGUUCCACCCCCUCGGACCCCCAGGACUGUAAAGAAAUUGGAGCCCCAUCAGCUAGGGCCUGGAGGCACUGGAAUCGCCCCCAAGGAAGACCCCCUGAUGCUGGAUAUGGUACGCUCCUUUGAGUCUGUUGAUCGCGAUGACCACACAGAACUGCUGUCCCCCUCUCAUCACUACAGGAUUCUGAACUCACCAGUGAGCUUGACUCGCCGGAAUUCCAGCGAGAGGACACUCUCCCCGGGUCUACUGCAUGGAUGUUCAUCACCUCUCCAAACGCCUUUGCAUUCCACUCUGGUUUCCUUUACUCAUGAAGAUAAGAACAGUCCCCCCAAAGAGGAGGGCUUGUGUUCCCCACUGCCAGUUCCCAGCAAUGGCCCCUCUCAGCCUCUGGGGAGCCCGAAUUGUGUGAAAAGCCGAGGCCGGUUCCCCAUGAUGGGCAUUGGACAGAUGUUGCGGAAGCGGCAUCAGAGCCUACAGCCCUCUGUAGACAGGCCCCUGGAGGCCAGCCUGCCUCCACUACAGCCCCUAGCUCCCACCAGCCUUUCCUUCGACAUGGCUGAUGGGGUCAAGGGCCAGUGCUGACCUCGGCCAGGGAUUCAGGGUAUCUCUAAGGAAAGCAGUGGAAAGAGUUCCACAUGUCCAUCAGCGUGGGAAUAUCCAGAAACCUCACAUGGAGCGUCCUUUCUAGCAUCAUCUACUCCUGCCAUGCAACACCCCAACUGUAGAACAGCCAAAAUCCACAGACCCAAAGCCUGCACAACCCAACCUCACUUAGGGACCCCUGGAGAUGCUGGAAAUUGCUGGAAUGGUGGGCUCUAGGGGCAGCCAGUUUCAAUCAUUCAGAUCUUCUUUCCUCCCACGCACCUGCCAGUCCCCUUCCACCUUCUUCUGCUGGGCUCAGGGUGAAAACUGCAUUGGCCUUUUGGGCCACUUAGGUUACAGACUGUUACCAGAUUUUUCAUCAGUCUGUGCUACAUGUGUACCUCUCAGCAGACUGUCCUCUAUUCAGCAGUCAGCCGUCGUCACAUGGCAGUCAAAGGCAUCACAAAGUCAUUCAUCCAAGCCAUGGUUUCCUCUGCAGAGUGAGCAGCCCUUCCUUUCAUAGCAGUGCAUCCCUGCAGGCCAGCAGGAGCUGGUGACCAGGAGCCCUAGGCCCCUGGAACCUCAGAGGAAGAUGGGGGGAGAUUUGAACAGUGACGUAACCGAACAGCAGAGACCCUGAUGAAGGAAACACUCAUUUCCCAAGCAAGGUUUUGAUUGACAUCUUUGGUUUUUGGUUGCAACUUGCUAAUGAUUGAAUUAUCUUCUCCAAAGAAAUUUUUCUUUGUGUGAUGUCAUUAAAUAACCUAAUAACUUGUCAAAACCUGGAUGAAGGGAUGAGAAGUUCACCAAACUUGUGUGUUCAUGAGAAGUUGCAGCAUGGAAGGCAUCAAUGCUUGCUUGGGGGCUUUUAUUGGCAAUUGGACUAUGGUAGCCUGCAGGAGGAUCAGGAUCCCUGCCAGCCCUGGGUUCAUAGCAGCAUAGCCCCGAUCCUUCCAGAAGGUGUAAGAACAUAGUUGUAUUGGUGAUUUAGAGAGAAAGUGAUGGCGAUGGCAGAAUGUGGAUGACAAGAAGGCAACGUUACCUCGCUGCAUGCAGUUUUCAUGCUCCCAGAAAGCAAGUGCGAUUGAGAGCUCAGCCAGUUUGCUGUGAGUCGUGAAUGGGCUUCCCGGCAGGAACAUGUUCAAACACAGGACAAUUUCUUCUUCGAAGAAAGUGAUGCUUCUCCAACAGGGUUUAGUUCAUGCUUUGCUUUCACACCUUUUGCCAAGGAUCGAACCAAAGAUGUGUCUCUGGUUUUGUGUCUAUGCUGUCUGUGUGUGUGUGUUUGUGGGCCUCUGUGUUGUCUGAUGGUCCACCUGGAACCUGAUGGGGCUGUUUUCCACAUGGGGCCUGGAUCCUGGCACUUGGCAGGGAGCACUAGGUCCUGAGCAGAAUCAGAACGAGGAGAAGAAUUAGCACAGGUUGGAGAGCGAUUGGGUUGGAGAAGAGUUACAGAGCAACCUGGGGUCUCACUGCUUGACUAGUGCAGCUGCAACCAGAGACCUCUAUGGUGGCCACCUGGUGUUCUCACCUCAGUCCACAGAGUCUAAGACUAAACCCAGGCCCUUGAAGGUAGGAAAGCCUACCUUCACCUCCCUGGAGGGCAGCCCUUGCCAGAGAGUAGAGAGGUGGUUGUCAUUUUCUCAUUUCUCAGUGGUGACUACCUUUGGCCCCACCUGUCUCUGACUGAGAGAAGAAAGAACGGAUUUUGGGCUGACUCCAGGAGCCACCGCGAUGCCCCAGUCUUGACUGCCAUGGCAAGAUGUGGAGCUGUUUCUUCUCUGGUGAGGGAACCACCAGCUCUGAGGCACGUUGGGAACAGGUCGGGCUCUGGGCUGUUGUGUUAGUCCUUUGUGUGACUUCAGAUCUGGCUUCAGAACUUAACAUUGCAAAGAGAAAGAAGAGAAUCAUUUAUGAAAGACUGUCUCUCCAAUUGAUACUCAAUAUUUGAUCUUCGGUUGGUGAAGAAACCUUUUUUAAAGAUGGUUUCCCACGGCUGCUGUCCCACUCUGCAGGUUUGCCGGCUAUGUACCAUGUGAGGCCUGGGCCCUGGCACUUAGUGGGAGCACCAGGUCAUGACAAAAUCGGGACAAGCAGACUAAUCGGCAGGUUGGGGAGGGGUUCGUUUCGGAGACGAGGUACAGACUGACCUGCAGGCUUCGGCGUUCGGCUAGUGCAGCUGUGGCCAGAGGCCUCUGUGGCUGUGGUGUCCCAGGGUAGUCAUCUCCGUGUACCCGAGUGCUGUGACCAUUUCGUAGCCCCUUGUCUUCUCCUUGCAUUUUAUUUCCUCAAGAACGUGAACGUUUCAAGGUUGCUGGUAGCUCGUGGAGAAUGUGAUUCCCAUUCCUCACAAGCUUCGAGAACAGCUGCAGAUGGCGUGCUAUGCACUAGCUGACCACGUCGCAACUGCUGACUUGUAUCUGAACUCAGGUUUCUUCCGAACCCGGAGGUCAGAGGGAGUGAGCGAGGGGGAUAAACUGUAUUUCGUGUGUGUAAGCAUCUGACAAAUCUAUGAAAUCGAAUGAAAGAAGACAUGUUAAAGUCUCUAAUAUUUUAUUAUAUUUAUAUGGAAAACUUGACUGUCUCUUUGGUAAGUACAAAGUAUGUCUGUUUGAGCCGUGACUACCUUCCCUCAGUCUGUGACUGUGAUUUCGGUUGCUCUGUAGUUACUGAUGGAAGGGAGCGAAUUGUCACUGUGUGAAAUCUAGGAGGAAAAGUCCAUUUUGAUUGUAUGGUUUGGUCGUAAGUAAGGACUGUAUUUAUGUCACCAUUACUAAAUAUGUGUACUUUUAUAAUGACUGUGAAAUAAACUUUUCCCUCACUAUGACUGCUUCUUCAUUUGCGGAUACAUUUUAAAACAUCGAGUUCAUUGCAAGUAGUGGUACCACCUUUUACUCAAAGAUCCGGGCCCAGCAAGUGACUGGAUACAAGUGGGAAUUGAGUUGCGGGGUACUUGGGCCAUUUUCUGUCCUGGUAUCCCUGCUUUAUUUCAGCUGCAACAGGUGCACCUGCACAGUCCAGCUGACUGACGUACUGCAAACGGCAGUUGAGGUGAGUCGCCUUUUUCAUUUUUGGGAGAGUCAGGCUCUCCCAUGAAAACUCCGAAAAUGCCAUUUGAAGGAUGAUAUCCAUGGGG